CAACACUCUGUAUCGACACAUUAUCUACACCCACAGAUCCCUCGAUCCACGCAAUAUAAGUGAGCGAACAGCGUCCUGAGCGUCGCCCUGGGAAGAACACUCCGAAGUGAAAGAGCUACCCCGCCAGUGCAGUACUUGUCUUAGUACUCACCGCAUCUUCCCUCCUAUACACCGAACAGACAGAUAACCACCCAACAUGGACGAAGAGAACGUUCUCAAUUUCGUCAGCAUCACUUCGUGUGAUCCCGACAAGGCCGCACAAUACUUGCGCCUGACAGACAACAACCUCGAACAGGCUAUACAACUCUUCUUCGACAGCCCCAACCUUGACUUUGGGCCGGCGACUACUUCGAAUGCGCCCACAGCUGCCUCGUUGGCGCAGAAUCCCAUCAACGUCGAUUCAGAUGACGACAUGUCAGACUUCAAUGCCGGCGCACACACAUCCACUCCUCCUGCACAAUCGAACCUCGAGAGCGACGAAGAAUUGGCGCGGCGGUUACAAGAGGAAGAUUAUGGCGGUGGUGGUGCGGGGCGUGGCCAGGAUGAAGUCCGCGCACCUAUUCAACGAACGCAAGAGACACUGAUCGGCCCUGGGUCGAAUUGGGGGCCUGGAGACGAACACGACGACAUUGACGCCAUGGUGCAGGAGCAACUGGCUCGUCGGCAACGAGGUGAGAAAUAUGGUGUCCCACAUGGUACAUUACAGGCUGACUUUUUAGGAGGACGACAAGGCAUCUUCAACCAGCGAGGCACCGCCCAAAAUUCGGUGUGGGACAACUCCGCCGACUCGGAGGCCAGACGCCGCGAGCUUGCGGCAUCGACGGGCGGCGCUUCCGAGCAGAGUGCGAAGAUGAACAUGCUCGCGGAGCUGUUCCGACCACCCUUCGAGAUGAUGUACCAGGGAUCAUGGGAGAAGGCACGAGACAUGGGCAAGGAAGAGGAGAAGUGGCUCAUCGUCAACAUUCAGGACCCGGCCAUCUUCGACUGCCAGCUCCUUAACCGGGACAUCUGGAAGAAUGAAGACAUCAAAGCAACAGUACGGGAGAACUUCAUCUUUAUGCAAUACGCAAAGGAUGACCCGCGCGGUCAGCAGUACGUCAACUACUAUUUCCAAAACCGCGACAGCUCGGACGCAUACCCGCACAUCGCCAUUGUCGAUCCACGUACAGGAGAACAAGUAAAGAUCUGGUCCGGUCCACCUAUUCCCGCGGCUGUCGACUUCCACGCUCAGCUCCAUGAGUUCCUCGACCGCUACAGCUUGAAUAUCAACGUGAAGAACCCUGUGGCCAAGCGGAAGCCAGAGAACAAGAAGGUCGAUGUCAACCGCAUGACUGAAGAGGAGCAGCUGGAAUGGGCCUUGCAGAGCAGCAUGGACAACAGCGGCAACGGCAAUGAAGGGCCAAAGGACAACGACCCAGACGCUCUUACCAAGGACGAGGGCAAGGGCAAGGGGCGCGCAACAUCAACAGCAGCGGAAGCUGCAUCGACAAUAGCCGCAGCGCCAGCAGAAGAAGAACCAGCAGCCGUCACAAACGCUCUCUUCGCUGCCAUCUCGUCCCACGCAAUGCACACAGAACCCGCCAUAACCGACCCCAAGGUCACAGCGCGCAUCCAGUUCCGUGGGCCUACUGGCCGCCCUCUCGUUCGACGCUUCAACCUCUCAGACCCUGUGCGCCGUGUAUACGAAUGGAUCAAGAGUGAGGCGCCAUGGGACGGCAAGCAGGGCACUGAGUUCGACCUGUCCUUCAUGGGCAAAAACUUGAUCGAGCACCUCGACGAGACUAUCGAGGCUGCUGGGCUGAAGGGGGCGAGCUUAAUGGUCGAGUUCGCCGAGUAAACACUCCGAGUAAAACAGAGGAGUUAAUGAUACGAUGGAUUGAUGGCAUCGCUACGGCGUUCCCGGUAUGCUUUCAGCGGUAGACUGUAGCUGGCUAUGUUAGGCUACUGAUAGCUGA